AUGAGGCUCGUAUUGGCCACGACGGCAGCCUCCGUCGCAAUCGCGGUCGUGGCAUGUCGCAGGCAAAGGCAGCGCGACGCUGAGAAGUUGCUAGCCGCCGUGCGCACGCUCGCUCGAUACAAUGCUUGGACGAACGACGUCUUCCUCGAGCGAGUUGCGUCACUGCCGGACGACGAAGUCACAAAGCCGCGCGCGACCCUCUUCCAGAGCCUCGUCCACACGCUCAAUCACAAUUUUGUCAUUGAGGACAUAUUCCGCUCGCACCUCCUCGGGCGCUCGCACGGCUACACGGCACGGAACACCGCGUCGCCGCCGCCGAUUGCCUCGCUGCGCACGUCGCAACGUGAAGUCGACGAUUGGCUGAUCCGAUGGGCCGAUGCGGUGACCUACGACGAGCUCUUUGCGCGGCGGCGCUUCAAGUUUGUCGGCGAUCAGGAAGCCAAGGGCGACAUGUCGGCCUUCGAGAUGCUGGUGCACAUCAUCAACCACACGACGUACCACCGCGGCUGGGCGGUGCAGAUGCUGAUGGAGCCCGGCAACUCAAGGCCCUCAACGACGACCGACCUGCCCGUGUACCUGCGUGAUGUGGGGCGUGUGGAUCCGCAGUGA